CGUAUACCUGCGUGCCUUAUUAAUGCAGUUGCUCUAAUUGCAUAAUCAUGCAACAUGCAGCCAAUUUGGUGUAUAGCUCAUUUUUGCUUGACACGUGUUUGGCGUGCAGAAACUAGCAUUUUGGAAUCUAGGUUGCCUUGCUUUCAAUCUGUGAUAUAUUUCUGAUUGCCACAUCGUGAAAGUACUAUAGCCUAAUUUAUUUCAUGUCAUCUGUAAACUGAGAUUUAGUUGCGUACUUGGGGAAUGAUAAUCACCACCAUCUCAGAAAAAAACAUAUCAGUGAUGGUAAUUCAAUGUUGAAAGAAUUUGCUGUAAUUUAAUGUUACCUACACAGUUUCUUUCUCCAUGUAGCAGCUUUAGGACACCUUGAUGUAUCAAAUAAUUUGCUUCUACAAAAAAAUGACCACAUUUCCAUGACAGCCUGCCAUGCAAAUGGUCAUGCUGUAAUUUUUCUGAACCACAAAUUCUCUAUUCAAGUUUCUGCCCUCUAAAAGUGUAGUAAAUAUUAUCUGGUCACAUUUAUUUAUCUCCGUUUUAAAUGCAGGUAAUGAAAAAAGCUGCCAAGCGAUGCCAAACAAAGAAGAAACAAGCAGCAGCAGUUUUUCAAAAAGAACAGCUCGAUGCUCUGUUUCCAAGAAAUCACCCUAGUGACCCAGACUGGGAAGCCGAGGCCAAGCGGGUGGAGGAGGAAAACAACCUGCUUAAAGCUGCAAAUGAGCAGCUGAAAACUUAAAAUGUCAAACUCCACAAAAGGGUGGAAAUGCUCGAAAAAGCAUUGUGCAGCAGGAUUUUUAAGACAGGUUUGAAUUCUAUAGGAGUUUUUAUUUCAUUUGCAACAGUAAAUUUUUAUCUCUAAAUACUAAGAUGUACAUAUUUGGUUGUUUUCUCAUAUCUGUUUCACUUAUACUGAACACAUGUGGUAGGCGAAUGUUAAAAGUUGUGAGCAAAAACAAUGAUUUUCCACUGAGUACCACCAUGUGUCUACUUCCGCAGAAAACUGCCUGCUGUCUCAGGAGCAUCAACCUGGCUGCUACAUGAUGGCCGAGAGACACAUCCAACAGAAGAAACCUUCACCACAGGUGCAGGUUUCUCCUGUAGGGCCACAGUCCGCUGCAGAGGCCGAACUUCUCAUAAGCUUGGAGGAUUCCGACAAGAAUGAGAGGCUGGAAUCUUCAAAGAUAUUUUCAGUCGUUGGAAAUGAGGUGUUCCUGGGUAGUGGCGUGUGGCUGCAGAAAUCCGUGUACGAACAUUUGAUGCAGCGCCCGAAAGAUGGCAUUUUUGUUCGUGAGGCCAGCGUUCGAAUAUUUUCGACUGCAGGCCUCUUUCACAGAAGUGUCACGGGCGCUGCAUCAAAUAGAACUAAAGCGGAAGCCAAGCCACCCUUGGAUGCUAUGAAAUAUGAAGUUCUAAAAGCAUUUUUCAGGCACUACCUGGAGAGCCGAUGCAGCAGCCCCGCAGAAAUUGCCACAAGGCAUAGUUGCCUUGGCAAAAUAGUAGCCUGCAAAAUAGCCGACAUCAUGAAGGGCCAGAGGAAGAAUAUGUAGUUUUGUUUUGAGAAUAUAUUUGUGUACAUG